AUGCCACGUAAGCUACGUAAGAAUAUACGUAAGAGGAAGGGAGCAUUGAAACAUCCAAUAGUAAAACUGACACCACAACAACAGUUGCAACAACAAAUUAUGAAUGACCCCACUAUGUUGCAACAAAUGUCAAGCAACCCUAUGCUUUUAAACCGAGUUAUUGGUGCACAGAGUGGAGGUUUAAGAGCGGCACUUUUAGCGAAAAUGGCAGGCUAUGGUGGAGCUGCAGACGGAACAGCUUAUAACCCUCAAAGUCAAAUGAAUUUGAGUUCACUCAAAAAUCAAAUAACAGAUGUCAAAAAGUCAAACAUAGACAUACAGAAACAAAUAAGUGAAAACGAAAAGAAACUAGAAUAUGACAGACACACAAAGAAACUCAAUGAGUUAAACGUAGAGAAAAAAAAAGAAAGAAGAACAACUGAAAGAACUAAGUACAGAGGAAUAUGCGAAAAAAGUGUCAGAAAAAGCAGCAGAAGUAGCAAAAAUGGAACAAGAUAUUAUAAAUUUGAAAAACCAUACUACUCAAUAUAA